UGUACUGGAAAGCAGAAAAUACUACUCCCGUGUCCCCAAGCCCAGUGACCAUGCACCAGUCACCUUGGUGAUCAGAAAGGUUUGAUAAUUGUUGAUCUGGGACAUGAUCAAUAGUCACCUGAACAGACCUGAAUAAUGAAGUGAAUGUCGCAAAAUGGCUCCAAGGAGAAGGAAGGCGCAGCCUAAGAGCAAGACACAACCCACCCGGCAGGUGGAGACUGAGGGAUCCCAGGAGAUUGAUGUCCAGGAGGACGUGACCAUGGAGGUGGGUCGUGUCCACACCACCACCCCACCCCGGCCUGUCAAGUCCACAAGCACUGCUGCUGCUGCUACUGUUGCUGACCCAGACUCGGAUUAUGCUCAGGACACUGAUGCCUCAAGUGGGGUGAAGAAGGGCAGUGAAACCAAGACACCGCCGUAUGAAUUCAGCUUGGAUCAAGAGGAGGAGCUGGUAGAUUGGUAUCGGGCAAACCCUGAGUUAUACGAUCAAAAUUGCCAACAUUAUCACAACAAGCUGAAAAAGAAAACACUACUAGAGAACAAGGCGACGGAGUUCCCUGGCUGCACCUAUGCCCAACUGUGCCAAUGGUUCAAGAGCCAGAUAGCCACGUACGACAAGUUGUCACAGAUAGCGAGCUGGUCUGGAUCUGGUGACACAUACGUGACCCAGAGGAAGCAAUGGAUAAUGGAUAAAUGGUUUGACGAGAUCAGUUCACUUUCCGGUUUCUCUAGUGUGGAGGAUCUUGAUAGUCUUGAGGGAACGUCUGGAUCCACCCCCUCCAGCAGUCAACAGCAAAGCACGAGGAGCAGGACCACUGCAGGUUUUAUCCCAACUGCAGCUGAGGAAGAGGAGAGACAGGCAACUCAGCUGAAGCUGACCAAAGAGCUCGUGCAACAGGUAUUAGCAGCCAAGCAGUCUAUGACACAGCCCCAGACACCGCAUGAGAGGACUGUUGACAUCUUCUCAGCCUACUUAAGAACAGUGAUGCUGAAGAUCCCUGAAAACAUCUGGCACAGCUACACCACAGAUGCCUUGUCGAGGGCACUCAGCUUUGCUCAGCCGACUCCGCAGCAGAUGGAAUUCUUGAGUCAACCACACAUGGGACUGAUGGUACCACCACAUCAGCAGGCUUACCAGCAGUCACUGUUGGGACUACCGCAGAUGCCAUCCCGCCCCAUGGCCAGCUCACCCAGUUCGGCUGCACACCAACUAGCCACAACUUACACGCGCAGUGCCUGGCAGCCUGCAAGAAGUGACAUCUCCGCACUCAUAGUUGAAUUCCCAGAAUACACCAGCCUUAAUACACCCAUACUUACACCAGUGAUACCAGGCUGUACCACCAGAUCAGAGACCCUCACAGAUGUAUUGGACACAGAUCACCCAUCAGUGUAAUGUGUCCAUAAAUGAUGUAAAGUCCAUUAAAGCCCUGUCCCCCGGUACGAGUUCAUUCCAAGAGUUCUCCCCGAGUUUGCCCUGAUUCGAACUCGGAGAUUUACGGUAAUGGCCACUCGUCGGUACUCGGGGCUCUCGUGGACAUCUUUCAACAUGUUGAAAAAUCUUCACGAGUCUUCCCGUGCUUACCUGCCGUUAGCGAGUCUUCCCGAGUACCUGCCGUUAGCGUUAUGAGCCGCUAAGAGACGUCCCCGAGCUCCGACGUACCCGCUACAUUCAUUCUUCGUGCUUACCACGAGUUUGAUUUUUUUUUUAACUCGGGAGAGCUCUUGAAUUACCUCGUACAGUGGGACAGGGCUGAAAAAAAGAACAUCUAAAAUGAUGUUAUGGUUCUUCAUAGAUUUAGUAUAGAAAAUUUCAAUUCAAGUGUGAUUAUUAUAUUUCUGUAUGCACUACAAUGUCCUGUUAGUAACUGUGUUGUUAAAAAAAUGUUUAAUAUCAAUAUCAAUAAAGCAAAUACUUGACAUUUUUAU